GUGAUGAUUUAAUCUCUCAUGCCUCAUUAGGAGGGACUUGGCUGUGCGGUUUGCACACAGACCGUGAGCGCAUCUGCACGCCUUAAUGUGUGCUGGAGAAACGCUCGCACACUCCAUGAAAAAUCCUGCGGGGGUGAAGAGAAGGAAGACAUAGGACAAGGAAAGGAAAGCUGGAUUUGUUUUAGUAGGUAUAGGAGCUAUAGGGAAACGCACGUUAUGGCCACUGCAGGAAUUCUUUGCGACGGCUGCAGGGUGUGAAUGCGGCCGCAAGAGGAUUAUGGUCUUGUGCAUGUGUCUUAUUAUUACUGGGUUGGACAAAUGAAGGAAAUCAGAGAAGAGAAGGACAGAGAAACCAAACACUAGCAUUGAAAGAGGAGGAUACAAGAAGAGAAAUAAGGAUUUACAAUGGCAGCAGAAGAGAAGCCUGUUGUGAAGAGCAGCAGCUCCAUUGUACCAUGUUUCCUGUUUGUGGAGCUCGUGAUCAUGGCUGGCACCGUUCUCCUGGCGUACUACUUUGAAUACACGGACACGUUUCCCGUACACAUUCAGGGCUUCUUCUGCUACGAUAAGGUGUUCUCCAAACCCUAUCCCGGACCGGAUGAGACCAGUAAUGUGCCACCGGUGCUGGUGUACUGUCUGGUAGCUGCCGUUCCUACCCUAACGAUUUUGGCUGGUGAACUGAUGGCAUUUUUCAUGAGGUCAGAGGUCACGCAGGAGAAGAUCAUAGUCACCGCAGACUGCUGCUUCUUCAACCCACUUUUGAGACGCAUGAUACGAUUCCUAGGUGUCUAUACCUUUGGCCUGUUCACCACCACCAUCUUUGCCAAUGCUGGACAGGUGGUGACAGGAAAUCAAACGCCUCACUUCCUGUCAGCAUGUAGACCGAACUACACAGUGCUGGGCUGCCAUUCCAACUUACAAUACAUCACUGAGCGCAAAGCCUGCACUGGAAACCCACUGAUAGUCGCAUCUGCACGCAAAUCAUUUCCCUCUAAAGAUGCGGCCCUCAGUGUUUAUUCUGCAGUUUAUACUGUGAUGUACGUGACAUUGGUGUUCAGGACUAAAGGGACACGUUUGACCAAACCAACCCUCAGUCUGACUCUGCUGUGUCUGGCCAUGCUGGUGGGUGUGGUCAGAGUGGCAGAAUAUCGCAAUCACUGGGCGGACGUCCUCGCUGGAUACUUCACCGGUGGAGGCAUUGCUGUCUUUCUGGUGACGUGUGUCAUUAACAACUUCCAGCAGACAAAGCCCCCUCCCUUGUCAGCGCGACCCCAGCGUCCUGAGUCUGUUCUGGGCAUGCCCAUGGUGGUGCUGCCCUGUGUAGAGAGUCCACUUGAAAAGUUAAGUGGCACUCAGACUCCAAGGGGAUCUUCAUUCACUGAGAUCACAUGACCAUCAGCCUCAUCGGUUCCCCGCCCCCCCCGAUGUCCUCAUACCGUCUCGCUCCAUGUCCAGCGAAGUCUAGACCAGCAGUCCCAGCACAUGCACCACUGUGCCGCCCACCCUACAGGACGCUCCGCCUCCGCCACUCUGCUCCGUUCCUACUCUACACAGGUCUAGAUUUCAUCCCGUCCAUCCUCCAUAUUCCACCAUGCUGCCAAUAGGGCCUCCACAAACCGCUCAAACAAACCAAUGGCACCUUUAGAGAGCCUGGUUGAAGAUCUCAAACAUCUGUGAGAAGUAAUGAAAACCACAGGUAGGCAUUUUAACAUUGCUUAUUAAGAGUUUGUUUGGUCAGCGAGUGGAGAAUAUGCACCUGUACGGACGUCUGGACCUCUCAAAACCAGCCCAUCCUACUUUUCCUGGGGAACCGAUGAAGUCUCGAACAGCUUGAUGCUGAAAAGCAGAACUCCCAAGAGGCUGCAUUUUAUUGUAUAUCAGUUCAGAUGUAAAUACGUGUACAUUUUCAUUUUCGUUUUUUAAAUGGCAUGUUUAUUUUGAUUGUGUUUAAGAACUUCUGGUCAUCACACGUUUUGGAUUUAAAAAAUAAUGACAGUAAAUCUGUUUGUAAAUAGAAAAUCCGUUGGUGUGUCUCAGUUUCCCUAUGCACUUAAGAGAACAAUCUUAUAUUGUACAACAUAUUGACAAUCAUGAUAUUCCUUCUGUAAGUGCACGUCGAGAAUUUUUGUAGGAAAAGACCUCACAAGUUGGAGAAGAUCUUGACUCCAGCUCUCAAAAUAAUGUUUGUGUCUGAACGCCAUGAAGUGGAAGGAAAAUGAAUGCUUGGAGACAAAUGGAAGGCACACAAAGACUCAUGAACAAACACCAAAACGUUCUUUUUCAUAUUUAAUGUGCGUGUUGUGCUCUUUUGUUUUCUCAAGGAUUUCUGCACCAGGCAGAUGUAAUGCACAGUGAUAUAAGAGCGGUCAGUCAAGGUGGCCCUUUUGAUUAAUGUUGCACCAAAACAUUCUUGCGAUCCGUAAUCAUGGGUGGAUUGGACUCCUGAUUUCUCAGCCACCAUGAACCAGACAGUAACAUUUGUAUUGUUGUCAGUGUUAACAAUGAUAAAUGAGAGGUUCCAGAAAUGCAUUUGAUUUUUCCUGUAUAGUGAAUACCAUUUUCACAGAAUGACCACAUGUGUUACCAAGUGUGUACUGAACUGUAGGUGUCAUUUUAUAUCUAUGAGGUUGUCAUGUUGUUACCUUGCAAUGAUUUCAUUCCUGCUGUUUGCAAAGAGCACAGAAUGUCUUGCAAUACCGUGAGAUUUUAACACAGAUUUUUGAGUUAAACCGAGUUUAAACUUAAAAGAUCUCAUGAAAUCAAAGUUUUGUGACUUUCGGUUCAUGUCUGUUAGCUUUGAGGACCUCUUCUGUUUAUGCCAGUAUACUCCCAAAAGUUGAUCAAAUCAGCUCUGGAGGUCCUUACAAGGCAAGUGAAUGUGUCCCAAAAAUGUUAAGCUCUAAAAGGACAUAAAGGCAGCAUAAACGUAAUCCAUAAAACUCCAGUGGUUAAAUCCAUGUGUUCAGAAGCGAUAUAAUAGGUCUGGGUGAGAAACAGAUCAAUAUUUAAGUCCUUUUUUUUCUAUCAAUCUCCAUUUGAACAUUCUUCUUUUGUUUUUGGUGAUUCGCAGUCUUAGUGCAUAUCGCCAUCUAAUGGACUUGGAGGAACAUUUAUGGUAAUAAUAGGAAGAAGGAAGUCAUUGUUCAUUGCAGUGCUGUUAACUAUUGGCUAUUUAAGGGACAUGAAAGACCACCAUCAUUGAAAACCUGCAAUAUCAGGAAAUUUUGGUAUAUGAAUUAUUUUUUUUCCAGGCCUGGAAAUGUUUUAGUUAUUGGAAUUAUCUUUAGUGAAUAUAUUUUUUGUAGUUAUUCUCAGCUUUAAAAUAUUUAAUUGGCUAGUAAUUGCUGGUCAUGAGUGCGAUCUCUAUCCAAUUAUUUUUAGUGUUUAGUUUAUCUGGUUAUAAUCCAGUAAUGCAAACGAUCCAGUAAACAACAGGGCAAAAUAAUGGAAAUAUAAUGCAAAUGUAUUGGUAAAAAAGUGUACUAACCCUGUUCGACAUGUCUGGCUAUAACGUUUUUUUAACAUUUACAUUUUUUAGAGGGAAUAGUUAAACAAAGGAAAGAACUGUGCUCAUCAAAGCCAUUUCAGGGGUCUUGAAAUUUGCUCAAAAUAUGUCAAAAUGAAAAUUACAUUAUGUAAUAAUAAAUAAUAAUAAUAUGUUUAUUUGAAAUAGCGCCUUUCUUCAAACCCAAGGUCGCGAUACAGGAUGAGAGUCAGCAAAACAUAAUUUGUUUUAUAAUUUUAAGAGUCAAAGAUGCAUGGUUCAAAGAGAUGUAUUUUGAGAUUGAUUUUGAAAUCAUGUGUGGAGGUGUGAUCACGGAGUGGUUGAGGGAUAGAGUGCCAAUGCGAAGGGGCAAGUGUGCGAAAAGCCCUACCAACCAGUGAGGUCAGUUUGCAACGUGGAAUGAAUAAUAGGCCCAAAUCAGAUGACCUGUGUGAACGUAGUGGGGUAUAGCAGCAUACGAGGUCAGUGAUGUAUGAGAGGGCAACACCAUGUAAAGCUUGUAUGUUGUAAGGAGAAUUUUGUAUUGGAUACAUUUACAUUUACAUUUAUGCAUUUGGCAGAAGCUUUUAUCCAAAGUGACUUACAGUGCACUUAUUACAGGGACAAUCCCCCCGGAACAACCUGGAUUAAGUGUCUUACUCAAGGACACAAUGGUGGUGGCUGUGGGAAUCGAACCAGCGACCUUCUGAUUACCAGUUAUGUGCUUUAGUCCACUACGCCACCACCACUCCAUACGAUACGAUAGGAGACAGGUAGCCAGUGUAGCCUAUAAAGUAUGGGAGUGAUGUGAGAGGAUUUCUUUGAGUAGUGAGAACCCUAGCUGCUGAAUUCUGGAUGUCCUGCAGUUUGUUUAUUGUUUUAGUCUGGAGGCCAGAAAAGAGGGCAUUACAAUUGUGAAGUCUAGACUAAAUAAAGGCGUGAAGAAGAGUUUCUGCUUCUUUGGUGCUAAGAAUGAGGCGGAAUCGCACAAUGUUACACAGAUGAGAGAAAGCAGUUUUUGCAAGAGAGCAGAUGAGAGUGUGGAAAGACCAGUACACCACUAACAUAGACCAACUGAUCAGAGAGACGUGAUAAAACACUUGGAGACUCAACUAUCAGUACGUCAGUUUUAUCAGUGUUUAGAGCUGAAAUAAAGUUGAGCGUCAUCAGCAUAGCAGUGAAAGUUGAGGCCAUGAUGGCCAAUAAUGUGACCUAGAGGAAGCAUAUUGGAGAUGAAGAGCAAAGGACCAAGUACAGAACCCUGCGGGACACCUUGAGAAUCAGCAACAGAAUUUGACUUAUACUGACAAUAAAAAUGUAGUGUUGGUGGCCAGAGAGGUAAGAAAUGAACCAGGAUAGAGCAGUGCCUGAGAUGCCAAAUGCAGAGAACCUAGCGAUGAGUAUGCUAUGAGAGAUACGAUCAAAAGCAGAACUGAUGUCUAAAGGGACCAUAAAUAAAUGUACUCAGCAAAUGGCUAGGUGCCCCAUGCAGCUACAUAUUGUAAUGCUGCCAAAAUAAUCAUGUGCUCACAGUGGAUCCUCAACUGUAAUAUAUGAUUUUCACUAUUUAAAAGGCCAGUGUCCUCUACAUUGGCUGUGUUCCAGUGGCGGCUGCUGGUCUUUAAAAGAGGGGAAGCUCAUUUUCGGCCUACAUUAUAAACUUAUUUACCCUAUUUUUUGCACUAAAUCAAUCUUAGGUGUUGAUCUGCCCUGCUGUUUAAUUCUAAUUUUUUCCUCGUAAGGAAGACUUUCAAAUGGCUUCGCCAAAAUCAGGUCGACAAUAUUAGCACCGUCUGCCAUCGUGCGCAGUUUCACCCGUACGACGCUAGCCUAGCCUACUGUAUGAAUGAAUGAAUGAACGAACGAACGAACGAACGAACGAACGCUCUAAAACAAAAUAUAUUAAACUUGGUAAAACUGAAACAAGGAAUGUGGUGUAUAAUUGUGUGAAAUGUAUUAUGCAAAUUGACUAGCAAUUUCGCCAAACAAAUAUAAAGAAAUAGGUGGCAGCAGUUUGUCUUUCGACUACACUUGAGAAAUCCGCGAUGGGACUGAGCGCGAAAUAGCUGCAGUGACUUCUUAUAGUACAGAUUCGCUGUCAAUCAAAAGGAGAUGCAGUCUUUCGACAGAUCCUCCAAUCAUCACGUAAUUUUUGUACUGUACAUUUUUUUUUCUCCCCCAAAACAUUCUCUAUAUUUACCACUAGUUGGACAAACAGAUAGUCCCGCACCCAGACUUAUGCCAUUGGUUGAGCCAAUGUUGCUGUGUCUGGCUGGUUGGUAUGCUCAUACAAACAGCAAUGUUUUGAUAGGAGCACAAUGCCACUGUUUACACUUUUCGUGGAAAAUCAACCUACCAAUUGUUAAUUUAAAGUGUAGUUGUCACUAUAUAUUAAGCUGCAACAGAAGAAUGUAGUUUAACAUAGAAAUAAAUUACACACUUCACCUUUAAAUAUCUUUUACUUGUAUCCGUUACCGCACUUGCUACUUCUUUCAUUUGCCAAAAUUAAACAAAAAAAGAAAGAUAUUUGUACAGUUUUGCAAAUAAGUCUUUUGUAUUAAAAAUGAAAGAAAAAAAAAUGCACCUGUGCACCUGAUUUAUUUGUUACAUUAUUACUUUAGUGACCUUUGUUUAUAUACACCCAAUGAG